CGCCGGAUGUGCUACGUUGGCUCGGGACACGUGAUGCGACUUGACGGCCACCAAAUCCCGAAGUUGCGGUGUGUUGACUGAGCAAUGGUGGUUCCGUCUGUUUAAAGCCGGAAAUUUUUACCAGCCAAUUGCGGCUGAAACAGACGACGGGGACCCAGAGGCCCCGGCUUUGACGGUUACAGCAGGCGGGCGUUUAGGUGUUAUCCGGGGCGCUAGAUACUUUCACGGGGCCCGCGGAAAACAUAGUUAAGCUAACGUUAAAUAGCCACCAUGUCGGGGGAAGAAUUGCCUAGCCGUGUCGCCUCUCUUCUCCGGCGUUUGGCUGCCCUCUGAUCCCGAAUCAGAACUCACACGAGCAGCUUUGGACUCGGCUGUCAAUGUAGCUAACAGCUGGCACUUGGCAGUACUCGACACGGACUGGUUUGCGGUAGCCCGUUAGCUUACCAUGGCAGAGAGCUUCGAGGAGUCCGGCUUCUGCUCCCUGGGCUCGGACGUCCCCGGACAGGGCGCUGCUGGUGCCCCGCUGCUGCCGACUUUGGCCAACUCUCUCCCGGCGGGACACCCGGUGGGUAGCAGUGCUCAGAGCAGCCCUGGCUCGGCCUCCCCCCCUCCGGCAGCCUCUGCGCACGGCGGCCUAACCUCCGUAUUGGCCCCGGUUUCCGCUGUCGGUGUGGGGAACGCGUUUCCUCCCGGCCCUGCGCCACCUGUCGUGGCCGUGUCCCCGUCACCUCUGGCCGGCGUGGGCCUGGGUGUCGCCGGGGUGGCAGGAGGGGGCCUCCUGUCCCAAAUCCACGCCACGUCCUGGGACCCGACUCUCAGCACGGACUGGGACAACGAGAAGGCUUCACAGCAGUGCAUCCUCCGGAUUAAGAGGGACAUCAUGUCCAUCUACAAGGAGCCCCCGCCUGGGAUGUUUGUUGUUCCUGAUCCACAAGACAUGACCAAGAUCCAUGCCCUGAUCACAGGGCCCUUCGACACGCCCUACGAGGGCGGCUUCUUCCUCUUCCUGUUCCGCUGCCCUCCAGACUACCCCAUCCACCCGCCCCGGGUCAAACUCAUAACCACCGGACACAACACCGUCCGCUUCAACCCCAACUUCUACCGCAACGGCAAAGUGUGCCUCAGCAUCCUGGGGACGUGGACGGGCCCUGCCUGGAGCCCAGCGCAGAGCAUAUCGUCUGUCCUCAUUUCCAUCCAGUCUCUGAUGACGGAGAACCCCUACCACAACGAGCCGGGCUUCGAGCAGGAGCGGCACCCGGGGGACAGCAAGAACUACAACGAGUGCAUCCGCCAUGAAACCAUGAGGGUGGCUGUGUGCGACAUGCUGGAGGGCAAGGUUAACUGUCCUCAGGCUCUCUGGAGUGUGAUGGAGAAAUCCUUCCUAGAAUACUUUGAUUUCUACGAGGGAGUAUGCAAAGAAAGGCUGCAUCUUCAGGGCCAGAACAUGCAGGACCCCUUUGGGGAGAAGCGCGGCCGCUUCGACUACCAGGGCCUGCUGGCUCGCAUCGGAGCCACUCACCGGCGAAUACGAGAGAAAAGCCUGGCAGAGGACGAGCGCAACCAGGCGGACUCGGACUCAGACACCAGCUCCUCGGGAACGGACCCAGACAGCCAGGGCAGCACUCAGCCCUGACCGGGCUCUGCUGGGCGCGUGGCCGGGCUUUUUCUUUUUUUUUUUCCUCCUUCUUUAAUUCUUUAUCUAACUGAUCGAUCGAUUGCUGCAGAGGAUCGUACAAGAAAAGAAUCCACUGCUAAGAUUUGCGGCUUUAUGGGUCCUGCUGGUGUGUGGGGUGGGUCCAGGGCUUCUAGAAAACGAGUGGUAGCACCGGGCUGCCAUCCUGGACUGGGAGACUAGGGCAUUAGAGGACCGAUGGGUUAGAAAGCGCUUUAUAUUUCAUGUCCAGACGAAGGAGGUGGGGACUGAGUCUUAUCCGGAAGGCUUGGACAAGAAGGAGGGAGCUCCUCUCAGUGCUCAGACAUGGGCUGGAGCCACAGUGGGAGAGACCAGCCCCGGUCCGGUUUGCUAGCACUCCUGGAAAACGGGAGGGAAUGGUGGGCAGUGGAGGUCAGAACCGGACCCGUCUGGGGGGGCUUUGCCUUGGACAAAGCAGGCCUCACACAAAGGUCUGGGCCUCCAAUGAAACGGACUCAAGGCGAGUCUGGAUUUCGGUAGGAAGUGAUUCCAGCGCGAUGCGUCUCUGAGAGCAGAAGGAGAAGGCUUUGUUUUCUCUUCUGACGGCCUGGACAGUUUGACCGUUCCCCUGGUUUACUGGCUCGACUCAUAUCCAUCCUCCUGCAGUUGUCCUGUUGUAGUGCUGAAACCGAAUGCUCCAAAAGUGCAUUAUCUGUAAAACCCCGUUGCUUUUUCAUCCUGUGCUUUUUUUUCUCUUUUCUUUUUUUUUUCUAUACGGCAUUUUUUCUGAUUUUGUUGAAAAUUAAAACCUUUUCCUGUAGUAAGCCGGUGUGCUCUUCGUGUUCUUUUCCACCAGUAGAUGUCAGACUCGGCACAGACGGGCCGAAAACCAUUUCAUCUGUUAAGUGGAGCAGCGUUUGGCUGCUCCAUAGGGAGGGGAU